UCCACAAUAUAAACAGUAAAGCAUAAUGGCAAAAUUUGUUUUAUACCAUUCACUGCAGAAAUAAACUAAGAGUAGUAGAUAAUUCUUCCGAAGUUAGUUUGCAGUAUCUUCAAUGCGAAAAAGAUUACGCAAACACUAAGACCCACUAUAGGGAAGCUCUAGUGGUAUUCACAUAUUUGGUCCUGUCACAACUCCCAGAUACUACAAUAAUAAGUUUUAACUUAAUAUACACAAGUAGAAGACAACCAAACAUUAAGAUGGUGCCAUAAAAUGCAGGUAGAUAGACUAUUCUUUCAACAAUUAAUUGCAACAACUGUCUCACAUUCGUCUAACCCACAAAAUGAUCACUUGGGCAAAUGAUUAGACUCUACGUGGUUUUCGCUCAAAAUUGACCUCACAGACAACAUUCUCACUGUCCUCCUGAUCUUAAUCAAAUUGUCUCUAGAAAUAAUAUCAAGUUUGUCACACUGAACUUCAAUGCAAGUUGAGAAACCAUCCCAGCAAACUUUGAGUUGUCCUUUAGUUCCCGCCACAGACUCAUUUUUCACAUUUACUCAAAGCAGUCCCCACCAAAACUCAAAUCUUUUUAUCAGAUGAACUUUCUUGAAUGACUAGUCAUAUGCAGUAAAGACAACUUACAAUGCAGAAGUCCAUUCAGCUGGAUCGGCCAGAAAGCCCCCGAAAUGAUUCUAAUGGUACCAACCACGUCCACAACCAACGCAUAGUUGAAACUGAAACAGCUGACGGCUUCAAGAAGAAAGAACAAUCAUGCUUUUGUUUGUUUGUUUGUUUGUGCUUUUCAUCUGUUUUCAGGUUUGCGACUUGUCAGAUUCCAACUGAUCUCUCAAUUCAAGUUGAAGAUGUCACCUUCCACGUUCACAAGUAUCCACUGGUUUCAAAGUGUGGCUACCUAAGAACAGUUGAGCUUCCGCCGCCAAAUUCACAUUUAGGUUAUGACCUCAAGCUUGAAAAGUUUCCAGGCGGAUCUGAAACUUUUGAGAUCAUAUUGAAAUUCUGUUAUGGCCUACCUAUAAGCCUGAACCCUGACACUGUCGCAGCAACAAGAUGUGCCUCAGAAUUUCUAGAUAUGACAGAAGCAAUGGAAGAUGGAAACUUAAUUGCCAAGACAGAAGCCUUCUUCACAUUUGUAGUCCUCUCAUCAUGGAACGACACCGUCACUGUCCUUAGAUCAUGUGAGAUUCUAUCACCAUGGGCAGAAAACCUUCAGAUUGUUAGAAGGUGUUGCGACUCAAUCAUUUCGAAGAUUUCCAGAGGAAAUUCAGCUGAGGAGAUGCUGAUUGAAGAGAACUGGUGGUUAAAAGAUGUUACUACUCUCCAUAUUAGCCAUUUCUUACGGAUAAUCACAGCACUGAGGGCAAAAGAAAUGAAGCCUGAAAUCAUUGGCUCAUGUAUCAUACGCUAUGGGGAAAAAUGGUUGCCAAGCACGGACACCAAAACAGAAGGAACAGGAAAGUAUGGUAACAGAAUAAAUGAUUUUCAAGUCAUGAGUGGGAGGAAGCAAGAAACGAACAUUGGACAGAAUAAGGAGCGUAGGACAAUCAUAGAGAGUCUUGCUAGUAUACUGCCUCCUCAAAAGGAAGCUGUUCCUUGCAAGUUCCUCCUGUGGAUGUUAAAGAAGGCUAUUGUGUAUGCAGCAUCACCAGUUCUAGUUUUAGAGCUCGAGAAAAAAAUCGGCAUGGUGCUGGAAAAUGCCAGCGUGAAUGAUCUUCUGAUCCCUACUAAUUCAGUAGGUGAACAAACAAUAGAUUCAACUGAAAAACAGACCAUGCACAAUUUAGAAGCUGUACAAAGGAUUUUGGAUUAUUUCUUGAUAUACGAAAAACAACAGCUACAGCAACAAGGAUUGAAGUCUACAGCAUCGAAUAUCAGUAAACUGGUUGACAGCUACCUAGCAGAAAUUGCAAGUGAUCCCAAUGUCUCCAUCGACAAGUUCCAAGUUUUAGCUGAAUCUUUGCCACGAGAAGCUCGAGCAAGUCAUGAUGGCCUCUAUCGAGCCAUUGAUACAUACCUCCAGACUCAUCCUUCAUUGUCAGAGCAUGACCGUCGAAGGCUGUGCAAGAUUAUGGACUGUGGGAAGUUCUCACUUGACGCAUGCGCACAUGCAGCACAAAAUGACAGGUUGCCUCUAAGAAUUGUUAUCCAGGUUUUGUUCUCAGAGCAAGUGAAGAUGAAGGCUGCAAUACAAGGGAAAGAUCAUAUAACAAGUGAUGACGAGUCAGACAAGGAAAGUAGUCAGUCACCUUCCAAGAAGGAGGUCAAGUCCCUUAAAGAAGAACUUGAAAAAAUAAAGAUACAAAUGGAAGAGCUUCAGAGGGACUACUCGGAACUGCAACACGAUUAUGAAAAAGUAAACAACAAAAAUAGAAAAACAACCUGGACUUUUGGGUGGAGGAAGAAAAAAUCUGCUCUUUCCGAUGGAAAACUGGAUAGAGAAGUAACUGAAGAAGGCCAUUAUAGAUCAAAUGUAGGCUGUAAAGCGGGCUCUCGUCGAAGGCAGUCUAUAUCCUAAGAUCCUAUAGUUGUGCUUCUUAUCAGAUCAGACAGAGUGUCAAAUUACAAAGUGUUCAUCUAAUUUAAUGAACUCGUCAUCUACCAUCUUGUUUGUAAGUAACUAUGUAAUAAUGUUAUCACUAAUGGUCAGUGGCGGACCCAGGAUUUUGUGCAAGCGGGUUCAA